AUGUUCCAACUUCGAGAUGAGAUAUUCCAAAGAGCACAGAAUGAGACAUACCUGUCUUCUCGUGGUGUACAGGGGUUGGCCGUGAGCGUUGUCUUCACGUUCUUGGCGUCGUGUUUUGUGUCAUUGAGGAUGUAUACUCGGAUCAAGCUUAUGAGACGAGUGGAAGCAAAUGACUGGAUGGUUAUCAUCGCUUUGGUCAAUUCAUAUGUGUUCAUGUCAUUAGAUAUCAUCGAAGCCGUCAGCGGAAUGGGCAUGCAUCUCGCAGAUAUCCCACCACAUAUUCUUGAAAGACAGAUGAAGGCAUUCUGGCUCACCAUCCCAUUUUAUAACGCCGCGGUUCUUUGCGCCAAAGCCUCGAUCCUGAUGCAGUAUUUCCGGGUAUUCCCCACACACCGAAUGCGCGUGGUCUGUUGGAUAAUGAUUUCAAUUCUGGGUAUAUAUGGAACCUGGGCGGUCCUCAGUGCAUUCUUGAACUGUAUCCCGGUUGCGAAAUUCUGGGAUGACUCAAUUCAAGGCCAUUGCCUGAGCAAGACUGCACUCUGGUUCUCGAAUGCUAGUAUGCAUAUUACAACCGACCUUGCCAUUCUGAUCAUUCCCAUUCCAGCUCUCAUGGCUGUAGAUCUGCCACGAAGACAGAAGUUUGCGUUGAUGAUCAUGUUCGCCCUGGACGACAACGUCGGUGCUGCCUCCUGGUCAGCUAUUGAAUGUAACACAGGCAUCAUUUGCGCCUGCCUACCAACUCUCAAGCCCCUCAUUGCACGAGUCUUCCCAGGCAUGAUUACCACGUUCAGCGCCAGUCGCCCCACUGAGAGCGAGACAACUCAGCGCAUCUCAACGUGGAACGGAGAUGAAACCACCCUCGGUGCGCCAGGCGAAGACCCCGAAUACGGUGCUGGUGAUCCAGAGCGGAUUCUCGAGCUUGACACCGUGAGUGGAUUCAAGUCAUCACACGAUGGAACUCCUCGGGAACAAGAGAUGGGGAUGACCCAGGUCAAUGCUUUUGUUGCACACCGGACUCAAUCUAACCAUCGAAUUACUCAUUCGACGGAAUCAUAUUCUUCUUUUACUUAA